UUAAUAAUUGUGACGGGUCAUAGGGAUCCAUAGAAUUGCUCUCUCUCAGACUAGUGAGUUCUCCAUUGAAGCGCACUCAACGUUCUCCAUUGAAGCGCAGUUGGCGUGAAUCUAGUUCUUGUAUCCCCCAUUGAAGCAAAUUCUGAGGGUUUUGUUUUUAUAAUUUUUCAAUGGUAGGACAUAACCAUGAAAAUGGGGUUUAUCUCCCUGAGCCCAGCAAAAUACGCAAAGAAGUGCCUCAAUUGGUUGGUUUAUUGAAAGAGAUGAAGGAAGGUUUAGAUGUUGUUACUAGCAAAGUUCAAGCUUUGACUGCCAAGGUAAAGGCAAAACAAUUUCCUACUGCAGAUGGGGUAAGCUAUCUCGAGGCAAAGCAUCUGCUGCUUGUAAAUUAUUGUCAGUCACUUGUCUAUUAUCUUCUGCGCAAGGCAAAGGGAUUGUCAAUAGAGGGGCAUCCUGUUGUCCGAAGUCUCGUAGAGAUACGAUUAUUUUUGGAGAAGAUACGCCCUAUAGACAAAAAGUGUGGAUAUCGAAUUGACAGGCUAAUAACAUCUGCCUCAACCGAUGGUGUGAAAGCGGAUAUGACUGAAGAAGUUGGAGGUGCCACUCAGAAGUCUGAGGAUUUGUUAAAAUGUCGUCCCAAUCCAGACAUGCUUGUCAGCAAAAUUCCAGAGAUGGAUACUGAUGAUCAUGGUGGUAUCUACCGGCCUCCCAAAAUUGCUCCUGUUACCAUGGAAGACAAGAAGUCUAAGCUGGAGAGAGAUGCUGAGAGAAAAACAAAGCACACUCUACGAAGAGUUAGACAAAGUGAAUAUGUUAAGAGUUUGGUGGAUGAUCUAGAGGGGAGACCUGAAGAGGUGAAAGAUUCAAUCGGAGCUGGAUCUGAAAGUAGAGAACUUUCUAAAUUCGCAGAGAAGUGGCAGAAACGUGAAGAGCAAGAAGAGGAGAUUUUUAAUCGUGCUCCCAUUACAAAGGCAGAGAAAAAGAAAACUAAACAAUUAAUGAGAUCCAAUGGGUUGCAAGGUUUGACUAAUGAUUUCUAUGAUGAAAUUAAAGGCUUAGAAUUUGGAGAUGACGGUGAUGAGCAAAAUACAACAGGUUUUGGUAGUGUUAGAAGCAUGGGAAGAAAACAUAAAAAGCAGAGGAGGAAGUAUUGACAAGUGACUUCUAAUCAUGGAGGGUGUACACUGGUACGACAGGGAAAUCGUUCUGAACGUUGUUCACUGUUGUCAAUGUAAUUUUAGUGCUGAUUUGCUGUGCUUGAAAAAUUUGCGAGCUACACUAAUGAAGGAAAGCUUGGAAUUGUACUUUUGCACUCGUCAGUGGUGAAUCUGCUAGGAAAUGCGUGUAUGUUCAGUGGAGAAACAUAUAAUCUAGGACUCUAGGCAAAAUUUUGGACACUUCUAUGUUUAUUUUGCGCCAAUAUGGCCUUCCGUUGUUAAGCUAUUUUAGGCUUUUGUUAGUGUUCAAUACAAUAUGUAAUGUUGUAAAAAAUUUGAUGAAAAAUUCGUACUUUACAAAUCUUUUCAGUAAAUUGAAGUUCAACUCAA